CCGCCCACCCCCUCUAACCAACACACUCUCCGCCCACCAUGGGUCUUUUCAAGCGCAAGGACUCUAAGAACUCGAUCCAGAGUGAAAAGGAUGAACAGGAAUCCUUUGCCUCCGCUAACAGUGCCCGGACCUCGAGUGCCUCGUUGAGAUCCCCGGGGUACAAAGGAAGCGGGUUGCCUGCCUCCAUACCAGAGAUGCCGAUUGCCAAACCGCCCGAUCCAGCCCUGGAUCCCGCAGCUUAUCUGCGGAGCAUCCACGCCGUCCGCGAAAGAUGCUCAUACGUUCUCAACAAGGCGAAGAGAAACCGACUUAACCACUUUGAUGUGGACAUGAGCAAAUUUAUCGCAACGGCGUCGUACAUUGUAUCUAUCAUCAAGAGAGACUAUGCUCCCGACUACGACUCGAUCCCUCCUCAUGGACGCUGGCAGCACUUCGACGUGGGUGGACGACCCCGCGUCAACCAACUGCUUCAGUCCUGGCCUAGCACUAUUGACGCGCAAGAACGAACCCGUCGGCUGAUUGAUUUAUUUGUCGUCUCCGUUCUCCUCGAUGCGGGCGCAGGGAACGGAUGGUCCUACAAAUCCAAGGAGUCGGGCAAGAUCUACUCUCGCAGCGAAGGCUUGGCAGUAGCUACGUUGGAAAUGUUCAAGAGUGGCUUGUUCAGCAGCGACCCCACAGAACCCUGUCAGGUGGACGGCGCCGGGCUGAAGAAGAUUACCGUGGAGGUGCUUGCUAAAGGAAUGCAACACUCGGAGCAGAACCCGCUCGCAGGCAUUCAAGGUCGCGCUGGACUGCUGAUCCGACUCUCCGAAGCUUUGAACAACCAAGACUUCUUCGGCGUCGACGCGCGACCUGGAAACUUGCUAGAUUACCUUCUUUCUCACCCGUCCACACUCGCCUCGUCCGUUCCAAUCGUUCCUAUCACCACUCUCUGGAGUGUGCUCAUGGAUGGACUCACCCCGAUCUGGCCCCCCUCGAGAACGCAGAUUGAUGGCCUGUCUAUCGGAGACGCAUGGCCCUGCUCUGAUCUGCCUAAAUCGCCCCCCGCACAGCCCUGGGAGAACAUCGUCCCGUUCCACAAAUUGACGCAAUGGCUCUGCUACUCCAUCAUGGUUCCCAUGUCGAAAUUGAUGAAGAUCCACUUUGCAGGCAGUGAACUGUUGACGGGUCUUCCUGAAUAUCGCAACGGCGGCCUACUGAUUGAUAUGGGACUGUUGAGUCUGAAGGAGAAAGACCUGGAGCGCGGGCUCACGGCAUACAGAGAGAACGCUCAGAUCAAAGGACAGCCAAAUGUCGAGGUUGUGCCCCUUUUCUCGACGGAUGAUGAUGUGGUGGUGGAGUGGCGCGCCGUCACUGUUGGCUUCCUCGACGAACUGUUGUCAGAAGUCAACGGGCAGCUGGGGCUGGUAGGAGAAGACCAGUUGACACUUGCACAGAUGCUAGAGGCAGGCUCAUGGAAGGGUGGUCGCGAAAUCGCCGAAGUAUCCAGGCCCAAUACGAAGGAGCCCCCCAUCAUGAUCCGCUCGGACGGCACUGUUUUCUAAUGAUCGCAUACCUCGUUGAUUUUCUGGAUACCUGACUCCGCCAGCUUGCGUUUGCUGAUUACCUUACGGCUGGUGGAAGUGCUUAUGACUUUGAUGACCGGAUAUUCCUUCGCCUUGUUUCAUAUUUACUGUUCUCCCUCUCUCUGUGUGUGAAGAACUCCAUUCGGGUCGAUCCUGGACUGGAUCACCUUGAAUGUUAUACCUAAUUGGCUUCUGCUGUACAUUUGUUUCUAUGGGGGUGGAUUCUGAUAUUUUACUUUUUCAUGUACACAUGGAUAUUGGUCUGUACAUCUACAUCAAUCAUUACUGGGGAAUGGAUUGAAAGAAGUCGCAAAGAGAGUAGUGAGUGCUCGUAUGAUCAAUUGUACAUACAGGCCAGCCCUCAGC